AUGGCCAAGAAAGCGUUAGCCAAAGAUCAGAUUGUCAAGCUCAUCGUGGGGGCCGGACAAGCCAGUCCCAGUCCGCCCGUCGGUCCGGCUCUAGGUUCUAAAGGUGUCAAGAGUAUGGACUUUUGCAAGGAGUUCAAUGCCAGAACAGCACACAUCAACCCCGGCGUCCCUAUCCCCGCCCGCGUCACCGUCCGCCCUGAUCGCUCCUUUCACUUCGACCUCCGAACCCCCACGACGACAUACCUACUGCUGCAAACUGCCAGGGUAGAACCGCGCAAGGCCCGGAUUCGUGGUGCUCAGAAGCCCGGACACGAGUCCAUCGGGCGGAUCUCCCUGAAGCACGUUUACGAAAUCGCGAAGAUCAAGCAGUCCGAGACGAGAUUAUCGGGGUUGAGCUUGGAGGGGCUCUGCAAGUCUGUCAUGGCGCAGGCCAAGUCUGUUGGCAUCAAGGUUGUUCAAUAG